GUGCGCGCGCGUGUGUGUGCGCGCGCGUAUCUUGUCCUUGCUGCACGCGACCUUUCGGUCCGUCUUGACAGCACGUGCCACGCCCCCUCCGACCCCUUUUUAAAACACCGGAUGGUCACAAACGACCAACGGCGCCGUUAACGUCCGCGGUCUGAACGCUUUGCGUUUUUUCCGUGACUCCGCACGCGCUUCCCGCUCUCUUUCCAUCACCGGGCUCGCGCCCCCUCACGCGCCCUCACUCGCAUCUCGCCCGUUUGGCACUCAGCUGGUUAGCUAGCAGGCUAGCAGAACGUUGGGCUCCCGACUAACCGGCGGCGGUUGGUUGGCCGUUGGUUGUGUUUUUUUUUUAUUAAAACUCUGCCUCUUAGGCGGGCAAUGAGUGGACGUGGGUCCCUGUGAGUAACGGAUUAUCUGCAUCUCUCCUCGGGCUGACCGGGAGCCGCCAUGGAGUGCCGCGUCCUGUCCAUACAGAGCCACGUAGUCCGGGGAUACGUGGGCAACAAGAGCGCCUCUUUCCCAUUGCAGGUUUUGGGCUUCGAGGUGGACUCCAUCAACUCCGUGCAGUUCUCCAACCACACAGGGUAUUCUCACUGGAAAGGCCAGGUCCUGACAGCAGACGAGCUGCACGUGCUUUACGAGGGAAUCAAGCUCAACAACGUGCACCAGUAUGACUACGUUUUAACAGGGUACACCAGAGACACGUCCUUCUUGGAGAUGGUGGUGGACAUUGUUCAGGAGCUUAAGAGAGCCAAUCCUAACCUGUAUGUCCCCCAGAAUCUUUAUCCGGUCUACAAAAACAAGGUGGUUCCCGUUGCCGACAUUAUCACUCCCAACCAGUUUGAGGCCGAGUUGUUGACGGGGAAAAACAUCACAUCAGAGAAAGACGCCGUGGAGGUCAUGGACCUCCUGCACGCCAUGGGACCAGACACGAGGGUCCGGAUAGAAGUCCCCAAAGUGGACGCCGUGUUUGUGGGAACCGGAGACCUGUUUGCUGCUAUGCUGCUCGCCUGGACGCACCACCACCCCAACGACCUGAAGACGGCCUUGUGCGACCCCGUUCUGGGCGAUCACGGAUCUAUGUAUGUCCCUCAGAAUCUUUAUCCGGUCUACAAAAACAAGGUGGUUCCCGUUGCCGACAUUAUCACUCCCAACCAGUUUGAGGCCGAGUUGUUGACGGGGAAAAACAUCACAUCAGAGAAAGACGCCGUGGAGGUCAUGGACCUCCUGCACGCCAUGGGACCAGACACGAGGGUCCGGAUAGAAGUCCCCAAAGUGGACGCCGUGUUUGUGGGAACCGGAGACCUGUUUGCUGCUAUGCUGCUCGCCUGGACGCACCACCACCCCAACGACCUGAAGCUGGCGGGUCCUGGUCGAAGGCCCAGCCCCCCCCAGCUGGAGCUGAGGAUGGUUCAGAGUAAAGCCGACAUAGAGGACCCAGCCAUAGUAACGGAGGCCACGGUCAUAUCCUAACACCACACGCCCCAUAAGACUCAUCCUAGCCUCGUCCUCUCACCCAUAACUCUCUCAAAAAUCUCUCACCACUGUAAACCGUGACUGUGAUCAUCUUAACUACAACAACCCAUUAGGGAUGGGACGGUUUCUGAAAACCGUCCGAACCGUUCGGUUGGACUGUUUCGGUUCGGUUCGCGUGUGUUGUGUUCGGU